GCAGGCUCUCGUUUCAGGGAGAGGGAGCAAAAGAAAGCAGAGGAAAUAGAAAUGCAAGCGGCGGCGGCGCGGCGGCCUCGCGUGCUCACCGAGAUCGACCCGCACAGCGAGUGGGUGCACGGGCGCGCGCUCGACGCGAUCAUGCUGGACGUCACAGGGUUCAGCAAGGACCAGCUGAAGGUGCAGGUGGAGCCGUGGGGGAGCCUCAAGGUCAGCGGCGACCAGGGCGCCGUCGACGGGGGUGGCGGCAUGCAGCGGCGCCACUUCACCAAGCGGUUCGACCUCCCCGCAGGCUGCGACGUCGCCGCGAUCACGGUCCAGCUCGACAAGGGCAUGCUCUACAUCCAGGUGCCGCGCCCAGCGGGCGCCGCCGCCGCCUGGUGGGGCACCCAGCAGCAGCAGCAGCAGCCGGCGGAGGAGGAGGUGUACGAGGACGCGGUUCGGGGAGUGGACGAGACCGGCGACGACGCCCACGGCGGCGGCGGCCUGGCAGCGCGGCGAGACGGCGGGCGUCACCCGCUGAGGCGGCUCGCGAGGGGCCUCAGCAGGCACCGGCAGGUGGUUCUGAACGUCGUGCUCGCCGUCGUCCUCCUCUGGCUCGUCGCGUUCGCCAAGCACAAGCCGGGCGGCGGGCAAGCCAUGCAUGACGGCUGAGGCGAGGCGCUAGGUUGCCGUGGUGUCACGGAAGCAAUACCGUACCACUCAAACAUCCAAAAGCGUACCUGGGCCCACCUUGUUGUAUUUGUGUCUAAUCCUUCUUAAUUUUAUGAUCUAAAAUAAGU